AUGUCCGCCAAGUUCAGGCUCCGCGAUAACAUCGCGAACUAAUCUCUCUCUCUCUCUCUCUCUCUCCCGCGGACAUUUUCGGUGCGAAAUUUAAAAAGCCGCAUCUCGUCUUCCACUUCGCGUCCAUAUCCAUCUUUCUCUUGUCAUCGUCGCGUAUGAAAAAAAAAAAGCGAAGAUCAAUUCUUGCCUCUUAGUGAAUUUUCGCAGCGUCUGUUUGUCGGCUUGGUUACUGGAAAAAAGAGAUAGGUAGCAGUCCACGGCGCGCUGUUGUAGAAAAUAGAAAAGCCAAAAGUAAGUAGGGGAUAUCGAGGAGAAAGAGAUACUUACUCACACCUGCGUGCCUGAAGUCGGGAUAUGCUCUGAGAGUUUUCGCAAGAGAAGUUCGUCGUACGAAAAGAAGAAAAUUUCGAGGACCUGCGUUUUGAGGAACGUCUCUGCCGACAUGUCGGAAAAUAAGGAGGAAAGUCCUGCAAAAAAGCCUGAAACUACAGUUGCAACUACAGCUGACAAUCCAGCUGAAACCCCAGCUGAAAAUCCAGAGAAAGUUCCAGCUGAAACUGCAGCAGAAAUUCCUGCAAAAGCACCAGCUGAAACUCCAGCGGAAAACCCUGCAAAAGCUCUAUCUGAAACUCCAACAGAAAGCCCUGUGAAAGCUCCAGCUGAAACCCCAGCUAAAACUUCAGAAGAAACCCCAGCUAAAACUUCAGAAGAAACCCCAGCUAAAACUUCAGAAGAAACCCCAGCUAAAACUUCAGAAGAAACCCCAGCUAAAACUUCAGAAGAAACCCCAGCUAAAACUUCAGAAGAAACCCCAGCUAAAACUUCAGAAGAAACUCCAGCUAAAACUUCAGAAGAAACCCCAGCCAAAACUCCGGCAGAAGCUCCGGCUGUAUUAAAAACAAAGCAAGACUUUCGGAAGAAAGUGUGGUGUCACAUGGCAGAGAAGCGACUAUCAAAUUCUUUCCGUAGCUUGUGUAGUAGGACACCAUUCUUCAAGAGAGCUACAGAAGCCACAAAACGUCUUUGUGAAUUGGAGGAAUUGAAAAAAUCGAAAUUGUUGAUGAUUAGUCCUGAUAAAUUUGUGAUAUUGCUACCGUUGAAGAAGGAAAAGGAAAUUCUGAUUCCUACACCAAGGUUGUUUAAUGGAUUAUUUUCACAUAUUAAGAAUGCUGCAGGAUUACCUGAGGAAGAGUCAAAGAAUGUCAUUACUAGGAACAACAUCAAGCAAAUAGAGAGCCCUGUUAAUUUUGAUACAACAACAGAUCUUAAGGUGGAUAUGCUAAUUCUGGGAUCAGUUUGUGUAAAUAGAGCAGGUUAUAGAAUAGGAGAUGGUGCUGGAUUCGCAGAUCUGGAGUAUGCCAUACUGUCAAAAAUGAAGGCGGUAAAUGAAAAGACCACAGUUGUAACACUGGUCCAUGAUUGCCAAAUUCUGGAUGAUCUUCCCAAUGAGCUCUUUGAGCCACAUGAUGUACCUGUAGACAUAAUUAUAACUCCAACACAGACUAUUUUUGUAAAUCCGAGGCUUCCUAAGCCUACGGAAAUCAUUUGGCCAGCUAUAAGCAAGAGGAGACUUGCAGGAAUGCCUGUGCUUGGAGAAAUCAAGCAAUUUGUAGAAAAAGAAGGCAAAGUAGUGACUUUGAAAGAAGAAGAUUCUGACGAGGAAUCACGUUCUAAGGAAAGAAUUCGUGUGAAGAAGAUGAUAUCGGAACUGCAGCAGAAGUAUAGACGCAGUAGGUCACGUCCCAACUCGGGAAUCAAAGAGAAUGGCACAACUGAGAAAGACAGGGACGUAAGAAGAAGGCCUUACCUCAGAAAGAGAAGGCUGCGUAAAGCCAGAGACAAUAAUGAUGAAAACAAUGACUCUGAAAACAAAUCGACAGAGAACCGGACGAAUGCAAAAAUACCAAGACCUGCUCGACGUUUCACACCGCGUAACCACGUGGAUUUCUCGCUUCGUCUGUCUAAUAUUGCAUCAACAGUACGAGUGCGUGAUCUAAAAAAUGCGCUAAUAGAACGAGGCGUAAAGCCCACCAAUAUCACGUGGCGCGGACAGAAAGGCUUCUGCUAUCUACACUUUGGGAAAUUGCGCAAUAAGAGCAUCAGUCCUGAGGAACAGCAGCCGGUCCAGGUCGACUCGAUCGUUGCGAAUUUGCGCCAGCUGAAAAUCGGUGAGGCGCCUCCAGCUGGCGAGAAUGGAUUUAUCGUCGUCGAGCCUGCAGAACCCGUUACAAGAAUCGAGGUGACUGACGUAAGCGCGGUUUAGGAUGUAUUUUUGAAAGGGGUUUUAUGACGAUUCUGUGCUGUGGGCAUUAGCGAGUUGGAUCUGUUGCUAAGGUGUUGAUUAAUUAUGAUAAGCAAUCGAACCGUUGCGUUUCUUGAUGAGAUAUUAAUGUCGCUGCCCUUUUACGCGACUAGUUUACGUUACAUUUCUUUUUCUUACAUGCUGCAAUCUAAUGAAACUAAGAGGCUAAGUAGAUUAACAGUAUUUGUAAUGACUAACUUUUAUUUCUUUUUCGAAAAUCUGACCAAGAAACUGUUUGCUUUUUGUUUUCCUGAAAAACGAUAAAUUUUCAAGGGAAUUGAGAUUCUAUAAUAUAUUAACGAUUAAUCGUAUUAACAAAAUAAUCUUAAGACUUAAGAAUAAGUUACUCGUAACAGACUGACAAUAGUUUGUUGAAAAGUAGAAAUUAUUUUACACAGAAGAAGAAAGAAGUAUUUUCGUAAUACUCUUGAGAAUAUAUAAAUAGUAGGUGAACGAUUAGAAAAAGGAUAUAAAAUGAGUGAUUAUCAAGUGCAGUAACUGAUAGUGAUAUGUGUGAUUCGUCUUUCAAAGACUUAUUGUAACUAUUUUUCAUGCGCGCGUUCCGAGCUUCCAAUUAGGAAACUGUGCCGAUAAUGGGAUGAUCAAAUACUCUAGGUAUUGUUAUGUGAUAUUAACAAUUAUUAUUUUGUUUUCUUUUUUAUUUAAGGCAUUAUUAAUUAAUCAUACGAAAUCAAAUACGUUUGUUUACUUACAUUCUGCUUGUAGUUUAUUUUGUUUGAGCCUUGUUCCACGUUUACAAGGUUUACUUAAUACCAUGUAAGUUUGUUUCUUUAUUAUCAUUGACAAGUUUAUUUUAUAAUCUUGCGAUAGGAGUAUGUAAAAUGUUUACAACUAAAUAUAAAUGUGCCUGUGAAUACGUCGAUGAUUUAUGACGUACAGUACAGAUUGAUAUAUAAAAACUGUUUACGUUAAGACUUCUAUAAGAAAACGUAACUUAACUAGUGUACGAUAAUUGUAUUCGUACAAGACAAACUUUUUCUAGAACCGUUGUUUUUCCAGAUCAAAAUAAUGUGUCCUUAUCUAUAUGUACAAAAAAGAGAAACGAGUUCAUUUUACCCUUGAGUGAAUCAAAAUUUGUGCCAAAGAAGCAUUUUUGAAAAAUCGUGUCAAAUUUAAAAAAAUGUUGAAUUCAGCCGUAUACUUACGAUCAUUAGUCUGGUACUUGAAGCGUGUACGAAGCUUGUAAGCUAGAAAAGUCUAUUGCAGUAACGCUAAGUACACAAAGACACUUCAACAAAGCGAACAAAGCUCAAACUUUACGGAAAAAAGUUUAAGCGUGAGUUAAUCAUUUUUAAAGACUUGGCGUGUAUGUACUUUUAGAGUGCGGUUAACGAGUCUUGCGUUCAGCUCGAGGAAAGUUACCUCGAGUUACAAAAAAAAAAAAAAAAACAAUA